AUGAAGGCCUCGCUGGACGUCAAACACCUACAGGAUCCAGCAGAUGGCGUAGCCGGGCAGGCUCAGUCUGAGGGCGGCAUUGACCGCUCUCCUGCAGCCGCCCGGAACAUCAGCCCUAACGUGUUUCUUUGUUUUUGUCUGUUAGUAGGAAAGACCAAAGUGAAGAAGAGCAACCGUGUCUUGUCUUUCUUCAGAAGGGCAUGGAAGGCUGUGAAGGCAAAGUUUCAGAGGAACAGAGAAACUGGGGACUCGUCACAGCCCAAUCCAGAAAUAUUUGAUGUCCCCGAUCCCAGAGAUCCUGAACGCAUUUCCCGCCUGCAGGAUCGCCUGGAAAAAUGUGCUCUGGAGUGGACACCGGUCACUGAGGUCUGGCCCAACGUCUUCAUAGGAAAUGUGAAGACGGCCAGAGACCCAGCCAGACUGGAGGAGAUGAACAUCACACACCUCCUGAACGCUGCACCAGAGCUGGAAGAUGAAACGUCUAAAAAUAUAUGGGAAAAGGUUUACAAAGACAUGAACAUCACUUCCCACAGACUGGCUGCAGCCGAUGAUGGAUGGUUUGAUGUCACCAAACACUUUUUCCCAGCGGCAGACUUCAUUCAUAAAGCCCUGAGCAAAGCACAGAAUAAGGUGUUGGUGUGCUGCCUGCAGGGCGUCAGCCGCUCCGCCACACUUUUCCUGGCAUAUUUGAUGAUACACUGCAAGAAAACCCCAGAGGACUCCAUUGACCUGGUGACACAGAAGAGAUUUAUCCGGCCAAACGGUGACUUCUUGAGGAAAUUAACAAUCCUCGCAGAGCAGCGAAACUUAGUUGAAAGUGACGCAGCGAAGAACAGAAGCAACCCUGCUGUAGAUAAACCUGACCCUGAAGUGGAGUCUGUUGAUUCAGAGGAACUGUAUGUUUGUGAGCCGUACGGUCUUGAACCAGUCACGAUGAUUUCACACUUACACGUCCCUGAAUCCUUCUCCAAACUGGACGAGUCUGCUUUAGAGCCCGAUCCAGAACCAGUGUGUGUCCCAGGUCCAAGUGGUUAUAAACCCAAACCUAAGGCAGUCGAUUCAGGGGAACUGUGGGUCUCUGAUCCGAGUGGUCCUAAACCAGAACCACAAACUGCAGAGAAGAUUUCACUGUUGCAUUUACAUUUCACCAAAAAUAUUUCCGACCUGGACAAGCAACAAAAAAAAGAGAGGAAGCCCUGGACCCCCAUCGCUAGUGUCUUGGACAACCUCCACAUUGGAAGCCAGAAAAUAGCAAUGAAUAAAGUUAAACUGAAGAGGAGAGGAAUUACACACGUCCUGAACACUUUACCCAAUGUGGCAAGUCAAGAUGCAUUGAGGAAGAAACAGGCCAAGCUGUACAAAAAAAUGGACAUCUCCUACCACAGAGUGUUUUCAAGAGACGAGGACCCGCUUGAGUUGACCAGCCUUGUCCUCCCAGUGGUGGAACACAUCCACAAGAUUCUGAGCAGCCCAAAGAAUCAGCUGCUGGUGCACUGUGAACAGGGUUUGGGUCGCUCCUGCUUUUUCGUUGUGGCAUAUCUGAUGAUAUACCAUGAAAAAACAAUGACGGAUGCCAUUGACGUCGUGAAGCAGUGGAAACGCAUUAGGAUGAACAGAGACUUCCUGACGCAGCUAGUUGUGUUCGCUUGUCACCAUAAACAGCAGCAACAGACGGGUUUGACGGCAGAAUGUUCAACUGUCAACAUAAACCACCCUCAAAUCAUUUCCCGAAUGCAGCAACGUUUCCUCAAACAUUCACAGUACUGGACUCCUGUCAGUGAAGCCUGGCCCAAUGUCUUCAUAGCUGACGAGAAAACAGCGAGGAACAAAGCCAAACUUAAGGAGAUGAACAUUACGCACAUUGUGAACGCUAUGCCGUUGUGUUCAAAGGAAAAGAAAUGGGAAGACUACUACCAGAAGAAGAACAUCACGUACUACAAUGUGCAUUCGAGAGUCCUUGACCGGCCAAAUAUUGCACAGCACUUUUCACCAGCAGCAGCCUUCAUACAAAAGGCCCUGAGUGACACAAAGAGUAAGGUGUUGGUGUACUGCAGCGAGGGCAUAGACCAGUCCGUAGUGCUUCUUAUGGCAUAUCUAAUGAUCCACCAGGACAUGAAGCUGGAAGAUGCAUUUGAAUUUGUGUUAGAGAAGAGAAGCAUGUGGAUAAGCAGGGACUACUUGAACCAGCUGAUGAUGUUAAAUCUAGACCUUGCAAAGCUUCGCAAAUUGAAAAGUUGUAAACCCUGCUGCAAAGCCUGCUACGAAGCUAUCAUGCGUCUAAAUCAAAUGUAA